AUGUUAUGGGAAUACAUCUUAUUUUGUUUAUGCUGGAAGAAGUAUUGCUUGGUAAGCAAGAUUCCAAACAGUGAAUGCCCAGCAGGCUAUGAGUUAAUCAAAUAUGAAGGAACUCAAGUUACUUUAGUUCCAGAUGAUUUACAACAGCUUUCAAUAUAUAUUACAUCAUUUACAUCGAAGUCCAACGUUAGUAUUGGAGGAGCAUUAUACGUAAACAUCGAUCAAUUGACUAUGCAAGACAUUUAUUUAUAUUCCCAGACCGAUAUCAAUGAAAUACACGCUAAAUAUUCAAUAAUUAGUGUAUCAAGCGAUAUAACUGUUGGAAAUAUAACGUUUGAGCACUCAUUAUUUGGUUAUUUGCAAAAUAUAGCAAAAUAUCAACACGUAUAUAUUGACUAUUUCAACAUUGAACCUAAUUUCAUGUAUAAGUAUUCACCGUACACUCAAAAUUUAACUAUUGUCAUUUCAAAUGCGAUCCAACCUUACCUUACUUUCGGAAAGAAUAUAGUUACUUUUACUUUCUCUUUCAAUCAAGUUGGUCAUGAAAUAACUACUUAUAUACCAAAAACUCUGUUUUACGACAUACUUGUUGUAAAUCCUCAAAAUGUUUCACUUUUAAUGACAUCAAAGCAUGUUGUUGAUCUAAACUUCCCAUCUAAAAUUAAGUUUGCUGAGUCACAAGGCGAUUCCAUUUUUAGAAUCGAUGAUUCGUUUUAUUCACUCGAAGAGAAGUACAAAUGUCAACUCGAAUCAGAUAACCCUAAUAACACAAUCAUUGUUUCUACGCCAAUGACAGCAUUACCUUCACUUUUUAUUCCAAUAACAAAUGUUACUGUAUUUUCUCAGCCAAAUGGAUCAUAUUGCUUAUCAUCAGACACAGAAAUGGACUAUUUGUGUCCUUAUGAUGCACAAAUCUACAAAUAUCAUACAGCAGAUCCAAUAAAAGAUAAAAUAUAUCCGGUUGAUAAUUAUAUUAACUUUUACUUAACUACAGCGAGUGACUUCGCUAAACCAUUCAUUUCUAUCACCUUGUUAGAGAAAAAAGUCGUUGUUUUUACUUCAUUAUUGGAUUCUCCGUUUCCAGCAACGCUAGGAUUGGUCCAAGAAGACUUUCACCCUAUUGUUUCUAGCCUAGAGCUUGUAGAUGUAUCGAUUACAAUCAUUUCUGUCAAUCCUAUCCUUGUUAAUACUUUAAUUUUGACUAAUUCCGUUAUAGAAACGAAAGGCGCGAUGAUAGCAGCUACGUAUUCGGUCAUUCUCGAUGAAGAUAGUGGAAAUUCCAUCACAAUGCUCACUCCUAUUUUGAAUUAUCCAACUUGUGUUGAAAGAAUCAUCAGAUUGUAUGCACAAAUUGAUAAACUUUUGUGCGCAGGUUCGUAUGUGUUGGUAAAUAACAACUUAAACUUCUCAAAACAGUACAUGAAAGUUGUUAGAUUCUACAGCUACUCAACAAAUCUGAGGAUUGACUACCAGCCAAUAGGAAACAGAGAGAACUUACAACUUCCUUUCUCCCUGGACACUUUUAAUGAUGGUGCAAAGAUCACUUUCGGCUAUUCUUGGGAUAGUUUUGUCCCUGCUUUCUUCCAACCAUACAAUUUCCCAAUCAGUGGUCUCGGGGAACUUCACUUUUACUCAGAAAUUCCAACUUGGCCAUCUAUCGUCUUUGACGUUGGAAAGUACACUGUUUUUUGUUCAACAGGUGGCGAAUAUUGCUUAUACGCACCAGGAAGUACCUGUCCAUCAUUAACUACAUUGGCCAUCCCAAUCCGAGAAGUUGAUCAAGAUUUCAAAAUUUAUGCAAGUACAAAAACAGGAACACUUCAUUUACGUAUAGCCAGCUCUCAUGAUCAGCCACCGCCUGUCAUUUUAAUGCAUAAUUUAGUGAAUCUUAAUAAUUUCCUAGUAAUUGAUGGAAAAACUAACGUAAUCCUUGAUGCAUCAAUAUAUUCCGGCUACAUACAUGAUAUAACACUAUCCUGUGACUGUAGUUUUAUUGCAAAUCAUCCAAGAACUCUGAAUGUCUACAAAUUAGUUUUAUUACAAGAUUCUUCAGCGAGUUUUUACAAUGUUUCGCUCAAAGUCACACAGUUUUUCAUUACUAAACCAACAAUAGACGACUUCAACUUCCUUGUUGAUAGAGAGAAUACGAAUGUUGUCUUGUCUUUGGACAAAAGAUUCAUUUCCUUGAUUUUGAGAGAAAAAUCAUUGUAUUUCGUAACAGAAAAAGGUAAGAACUUAGAGAUUUCGACGAGUUUCCAAUCGAUACAAGCCAAAUUUGAAGAUGAAGGCUGGAGAGAACCAUUCACUGUUAAAUCUGAAACAAAUUUUGUUGAUUUACAGUUAAUUAUGAUAUCUUUAUUGAGUUCUGAGUUUAAGGUACAUUUGGAUGACUCUUUAUAUAAUACAUCAUUUACUUAUAGGAUAAUUAUUCCAAAACCUCAAAAUGGAAAGUUAUUAAUAAAAUCAUCAAGAGAUUAUUCACCGGACUUGAUGCUUUUGCCUGUUCCUGCUGAUAACGUGCAAUUUGACUUACCACCACAUGCAACUCCUGUUCCAACAACUAAAGUGCAACCCAAUAUUUCGAUGAAAAUAACAGGAGCUGUUUAUUCUGUCAUUGUUUUAUUACUUUUGUUAGCACUGUUUUUGAUUGCUUACUUCUCCAUUUCUUGUCAGAAGUCACCGGAACUUCCUGAAGACCUUUUAAUGAUAAAUUCAGUACAAAACAGUGAACAAGAGAUAUCUUCCAAGUUUUGA